AUGAAAAAAUGUAUAGUAAUAUUAAAAAAACUAAUAUUGAUUUUGAUUUUUCUGACACUAUUUAAAAGCUUUAUUUUUAGCUUAAAAUUGUUUGAAGUACCAAAAGACAUACCAUUAAAUAAGCAUUUUUUUUUUAUUAAAAACUCAUAUAAAAUUAAAAGAAAUAUUAGAAGUAAUUUAAAUAUAUACUUCUAUAAAAAUAUAUUUUUAAAAAAAUAUUUAUUUUUAAAUGAAUACUGUAAAAUAUUAAAUAAAAAAAAAAAUGUCCUUUUAUAUAAUUUUGAAAGUUAUGUAGAAGAUAAAAAAAAAAUAAAUAGAAUUCCGUUCUAUAAAAGUAAAGCAAAGUGCACAAGUAUAAUUUCCUUAUGUAUAGAUAAAAACAGAGAAAAAAUCAAGUUAUACUUUACUGAUAAUGAUAAAAACAAAAUAUUGGAAGAUGUAGAAAAUAAAAAUAAUUUAACCAUUUUAGAAAAUGAAAAAGGAGAUAAAAAAAAAAAUGAUAUACAAAACAAAAAAGAAAAAAAAGUUAUAAAAGAAAAUGAAGAACAAGAAAUUUUAACUAGAUCAUUUUUAACGGAUACAAAAUAUUAUAAAAGGAGUAAAUAUUCUAAGGCUGGAUUUUUAAAAAAAAAAAGAAAUGAUAAAUUUACAGAAAAAAAAGAAAACUGUACAUAUAACGAUUUUUUAAUUGAUGCAUAUAAUAGCUCUUAUACAGAAUCAAAGGAAGAUUUACUGAAGAAUAACAUACAAAAAAGUAUUGAAAAUGAAAAUAUUAGUUUAUCAAGUUUAUUAAUUAGAAAUUAUUUUUCUGAUGAUAAUCGAGCUAAUGAUUUAGAAUUAAUGAAUAAAAUGAAUAUGAACGAUAUGAAAGUAGCUGAUGUUUCAGGUACAAUUAAUACAAUAAAUGAAAAAAAAAAUGAACAAAGCAAUAAUAAAAUAUGUUUUAUGAAUGAAUUUACUGUUAUUGGAGAAAUUGUUGGUGUUCAUGGCUUGUUGGGUUACGUAAAAGUAGUUAGUUUCACCACUUUUAAUGAUAUCAGAUUUAAAAAUAAUUGUUAUAGAUAUCUUUUUAUGAAUAAUUAUCCUUAUCCCUUACCAAUUAAAAUAAUUGAAGUGAAAGAAUCAUUAAAAAUCAAUUUUCUUUAUAUUAAAUUUGAAGGUAUAGAUACCAGAACUGAUGCAUUAAAAUUGAAAAGUUGUUUAAUUUGUGAUGAUAAAAAGACAUUUCCUGAAAUUGGUGAAAAUAAAUAUUUAUCAACUGAUUUAUUAAAUUUCGAUAUUUAUAUUUUUAACGAUUUUACUAAUACAUCAAUAGGGAGUGUUUACAGUUUUAUAUCAAAAUAUGAUUACAUCAAUAGUAGAUCUAUACAAGAAAUAUCAGAUGAUCUUAUCAAAAUAGAAUUAAAUAAAAAUAUAUCUUUAACAGAGGUUUUUAACAUUAUAAAUAUAGCUAAAUCAAAUAGUAACUAUAAAUGUGAAAAUUAUUCAUCUAUAAAAAAUUGGAAGCCUAUUAAUGUAUUGAUAAAUAAAAAUAAUUUUAAUAUUUAUGAAGAUAAGGAAAAUAAUUUAAAUAAAUCAGAAAAAGGAGACAAAUAUUAUAAUGAUACUUUAGAUAAUUUAGAAGGGUGUUCUUAUAAAAAAAUAUAUAAAUGUGAUUAUUGUGAUGAUGUUUUUGAUAAUAUAAAAGAAGCGAGCACACAUGAAAAUUCUCAUUUUAACAGUGAUGAAGAGUUAUUGUAUAAUACUUUUGAAACAAAUAAUAAAAAGGAAAAAAUUUAUGAAGUGAAACAAAUUGAUUUAGAAAAAGUUAAAAAUGUAGAAUAUUUUUUUAUUCCUAUAGUAAAAGAAAAAACAAUAAGAUCCGUAAAUUAUGAAAAUAAAAAAAUAUACUUAGAUAUAUCUACUGUUUUUUUAAUGGAUGAUCAGAAAUAG